GAUUUUUUCGCAGUGAAUGGCAAAAGCCGGCGAAACAAAGUAACACGGAACACGGAGCUUCGGUAGCAGGAAAACCAGGAUUCAGGAUACAGGAUAGCAAAGCAGGCCGGAAAUGGAGCCAACGUUGGACAACUACAAGCUGAGCUGCGAGCUCCUGGGUCACAGCAUGGAUGUGCGGGCGGUGGCGGUGGGUGGAGGAACCCCCGAAGGAGGACAGGUGAUUCUCUCAGGUUCGAGGGACAAGAGCACCAAGAUUUGGAAGCCCACGGGCAAUGAGUACUUGGAGAGCCUGACCCUGCAGGACCACAAGAACUUCAUCUCGUACAUCUACUAUUUGGAGUCGGAGCAGUGGAUCUGCACGGCCAGCAACGAUGCCACCAUCUGCAUUUACCAGCAGGACGGCUUUGUGCCUCUGCUCACCCUCAAGGGUCACGGCUCCACGGUGUGCGCCCUCUCCGAAGGAUUGGAGCCGCGCAGCCUCAUCAGCGGCAGUUGGGACAAGACCGCGAGGGUUUGGACCAUCAGCGAGGCGGGAGAUGUCACCUUUAUUUCCUUAGAAGGUCACGAGGCGGCCGUUUGGGCAGUGGCCACCUUGAAGGAGCAGCAGAAAUACGUAACCGGUGGCGCCGACAAGAACAUCUUCUACUGGAACUCGAAGGGUGAGAAGUUGCGGCUGCUCAAAGGACACACGGAUUGCGUGAGGGGCUUGAUCGGCCUGGAGGCCAAUACACUUCUCUCCUGCGGCAACGAUGCUGUCCUGCGUUUCUGGAACGAGGAUGGCGAGUGCGUCCGCCAGUUGAGCGGUCACACCAACUACAUCUAUUCAAUGGACCGGAAUCAGGCUCUCGGCGAUCAAGUGGUGGUCUCCUGCGGCGAAGAUAGCACCUUGCGCAUGUGGAAUGUGAUCACCGGCGAUGAAUUGGGCGCUCCCAUCAUCCAUCCCGCCAUUUCGGUGUGGUCGGUGGCCUGUUUGAAGAACGGCGACAUUGUCACCGGCUGCAGCGACGGUGUGGUGAGGGUAUUCAGCCAGGUUCCGGCUCGUCAGGCCAGCGAGGGAAUCCUAAAAGCCUUCGACCUGGCUGUGGCCACCAGGAAGUCGCAGAUGAAUGAGGAGAUUGGAGGUGUCAAGAAAACAGACCUUCCAGGUCCCGAGGCCCUGCUGUCCAAUGGAACCCGCGAUGGGCAAACGAAGAUGGUCCGCCAUCCGGAUGGCUCUGUGAAAUGCUACAGCUGGGAAUUGGGCAAUUGGAAUCUGGUUGGCGAUGUAACUGGUGCCUCGGGAGGAACGCAAGCCAGCUCCGGCAAGAAACUGCACGAGGGCAAGGAGUACGACUUUGUGUUCAACGUGGACAUCUCCGACACGGAGCCACCGAUCAAGCUGCCCUACAACCGCGGCGAGGAUCCCUGGCAGGCGGCCCAGACCUUCAUCCAUCGCCACAAUCUGCCGCAGGCCUAUCUCGAUCAGGUGGCCAACUUUAUAGUGAAGAACUCGGAAGGUGGGCCGAUGGUGAUGGAGCAGGCGCCAACUGGCUAUCAGGAUCCUUUCACCGGCGGCUCUCGCUACGUUCCCGGCUCGAGCAAUACGAAUGUAAGGGGUAGCGGCAAUAUGGAUCCCUUUACGGGAGCAUCCAGCUACUCCACAGCCAGUAGCAAUGCCCAAUCGCAGGUGGAUGUGAACUUUGUACGAGCCGGUGACAAGCAUUUCCCCGUGAGCAGCUAUCGCACUUUUGAUACUUGUGAUUCGAAGAAGGUGCUGGAGAAAAUGAAGGAAUUUAAUAACAAACUAACGCCUGCCGAUGGAAAAGUGGGAGAUGAAGUCUUGCUGGCUGUCAUUAAACUCACCGAGCAAACCCCUGAACUCGAUUUGACCUCUCUGGAAGCCCUGAUCAUCCUGCUGAAGUGGCCGGCGGCCAUGCUCUUUCCCGUGCUGGACAUCCUUCGCCUGGCCGUGCGCAAUGAGCCCAUCUUUAGUGUCCUAAACAACAGCCACAAUUUCCUGGGCAUUGUGAUUCCCCAACUGACUGGAUCGGCGGCCAAUCAGCUAAUGGUGGUGCGCUGCCUGGCCAACAGCUUGAGCCACUCGACCGGACGGCAGCAGGUGGAGUCGCGACUGCCGGAGAUCAUAGAACUGGUGGGCGGGAUCAAGACAGGCAGCGCCAACCUGCAGAUUGCAGUGGCCACCUUCUAUUUGAACCUCACCAUUGCCCAAACGGUGAGCGUGACCAAGUCGGAGGUGUGCCAUGUGGUCACCUCCGGCGUGGUGGAGCUGCUCAAGUGGGCCAAGGAUCUGGAGGCGUGCUACCGUUCCAUGCAGGCCAUCGGCAACCUGACCACCACUUCCUGCGGCCAGGAGACCAUCGCCCAGGUGGUCUCCGUCGACUAUGUGAUGGACAAGCUGCGGGAGCUGACCAACACGCCGCAGGGCGAGAACUUCAGCAAGGUCAACCUGGUGGGUCAGGCCCUGCUGGCUGCCUUCUAGGAUCUCUGCACCGAUCAUUCUAAAUUAUAUAUAUAUAAUAUAUUGGAGAACGUUUUUUCUAAAUACACAAAAAUAUACAAGGCUAA